CCUGACUGAACAAGCAAGUUUUCUGGUACCAUCACCCUGUGCUGGCAAGGUGACGAUAUAAACAGAAAUCUAGACUGUGCAAGUUACUUGCAAAUUAUUCUGUUAGUGAACAAUCGCUUUCUGUUUAAGCAUCGCUAUAAAAACUAAAGCGCAAUUUUAUCUUACAUGUGCGCUUUGAGGUGGUUUUACUACUAAAAAAAUGCAGCUAGUAUAUCUGGGAAUUGUACUGUUAGUGCUUGGAUAUGGACAGCAGGCUUCAGCAGAAAAAAUAUCAACCGUUCCAAAGACAUACGGCGAAGAAAUGAUCAAAGUACAGGGAGAAUGUGCCAACGAACUAUCAAUGGAAGACUAUCUCUUGUUGAUAAUAGGAGUUGACCUUGAAGAUGUUAAGAUGGAUACCGUGCUGAAAAUACAGGACUGUAUUCGAAAGAAGAGGUAUCCGUUCUUCGUUGCAUUGGUCGAUUGGGAUCCCGACGAUUUCGACGUAGGAGAUGAGUGUUUCUUAGAACAAGCCCAGAAAUCAAGAUACCAGAAAAUUGGAGCGGCAGAAUUGGAUUAUUGCUUCGACAAAGUGAAGGAAGCAAGAACACAGCCUGCAAUAGAUGAGAAAAGAAAAUGAUUUAUUUAGCUUCAAGCUUCUUUAAACAAUAGUUAAAUUUAAUUUCAAAAAGACGAGUUAAAUUUAUGUAAUAAAAAGUGAUGCAAAAUAGAUCAAAUAAGGAAAAAAUAUUGUAUUGUAGAGGAUCCUUCUGCACCAGGACUUGGAUUGUUACAAUUUUUACGAAAACACCCGACAUAAGUCAACAUGUAAAUUGGAUAUCUAAACAAUUCGCAAACGAAACCAUAUUAUGUUAUUAUGGUAUCAAACUUUUUGUUUGGGACACCCUGUAUAUGCGUCCACCAUUAACCCUAAUGGUAUGCCUCUCGUCCUAAAAUGUCACAGUUUGAUGUGUUGCAAUCACUGUUUGCACUCACUAUUCUUGUGCUACUUUUUGGUGAAGGUUGUUGUAAAUUAAAGAAAAGAAUCGUCGGAGGUAGAAAAUGUAGAAUUCCUACAGAAUUUGCAGUGGCUAUUGUAGAUAAAUCGUUAACUAUCCGUUGCGGAGGUGCACUGUUGGACCACAGAUGGGUUGUAACAGCUGCUCAGUGUUGCACUCCGGAAAUUGAGUACGUACUUGCCGGCACCCCAACGAUAAGCUGGGCCACGCUAGAGAAAGCCGCCAAGACAAAAAUAAGAAAGUGUAUCCCGCACGAAGACUACAAACCAGAAGGGUUGCUGAACAACAUCGCUCUCAUCUUUUUGGACAAAGCGGUUGCACAGAGCGAUUACGUAAAAUAUGUAUCACUGCCGCAUGCACAGUUGCCUGAUGACAUACUCAAUUGGUAUCCAAAGUGCAGCGUGAUGGGUUGGGGGGCAAUAUCGUUCAGUUACGCGGGAAGUAAGAGCAAGGCAAUAAGAUGCGCUCUGCUAGAAGUGGCACCUUCAAAAGAUUGCUCUAAAGUAUAUAAAGGAAUGUCAGAAAGCAUAGUCUGCAUCCAUACUAACACUAGUGCAGCUUGUGGCGUGGACGCUGGAGGUCCCUUGGUCUGCCAAAAUGUCCUGUAUGGAAUAGCAUCUUACUCCGGUGCAUGUGAAAGAGGCGUUCCAGGCGUGUACGCGAGAGUUGAUACGUACUUGGCUUUCAUCAUACCCCAUAUUCUGAGGGAAGCUGACUCGAAUGUGCUCCACCAGGCUAUUAGUGUCAUUGUAUUAGCAUGUGUACAUAUAGCGCUGUUUUUAUACUCUGUUGUUAUCUGGUUUCCUUAUACUCGUUUUACUUUUGACAAUAAAUACAUGAAUUGAGUUCAGCGACAAUUUCAAAUGUAUUUGACGUCGAAUGAAUUCAUGUACUUCAAAAUCCUAUUUCACGAUUAUUCAUUACGUUUUAAACAGGGUUGCCAGAACAGGUACAAAAAUCUCCCAGAUUUGAAACUUUUCAAAAAAAUCCCAAAAUCAUAUUUCAGUAGUCGAGGGGACUGGUGCAGAUUGGACUAGUUGAAUAGUAGUAAGGCCACAAGGAAGCGAGGUAUAAAAUAAAAAAUAAUAUAUUUUUGAGAAUUGAG